GAGCCAGGCGAGAGCCGCCGGAGCCCGGGCCCGCCGACGAUGGGGAACACUACCUCGUGCUGCGUGUCGUCCAGCCCCAAGCUCCGGAGGAAUGCGCAUUCGCGGCUGGAGUCCUACCGCCCCGACACGGACCUGAGUCGUGAGGACACCGGCUGCAACCUGCAGCACAUCAGCGACCGGGAGAAUAUUGACGAUUUGAACAUGGAAUUCAAUCCUUCAGACCAUCCCCGGGCCAGCACAAUAUUCCUCAGUAAAUCUCAGACAGAUGUGAGAGAGAAACGCAAGAGUCUCUUCAUUAACCAUCAUCCUCCAGGACACACGGCAAGGAAGUACAGUUCCUGCUCCACUAUCUUCCUAGAUGACAGCACUGUCAGCCAACCCAACCUCAAAUACACCAUCAAGUGCGUAGCUCUUGCAAUUUACUACCACAUCAAAAACAGGGACCCGGAUGGAAGGAUGCUCUUAGAUAUUUUUGAUGAAAACCUUCACCCUCUUUCGAAAUCCGAAGUGCCACCAGAUUAUGACAGACACAACCCAGAGCAGAAGCAGAUUUACCGGUUCGUCCGCACACUGUUCAGUGCUGCUCAGCUGACUGCCGAAUGUGCCAUUGUCACCCUGGUCUACCUUGAAAGGCUUUUGACGUACGCAGAGAUCGAUAUCUGCCCAGCUAACUGGAAGCGCAUUGUUCUUGGGGCGAUCCUGCUGGCCUCCAAGGUGUGGGAUGACCAGGCCGUGUGGAACGUGGAUUACUGCCAGAUCCUGAAAGACAUCACGGUGGAGGACAUGAAUGAGCUGGAGCGACAGUUCCUUGAAUUGUUACAGUUCAACAUCAACGUUCCUUCCAGUGUGUAUGCCAAGUAUUACUUCGAUCUUCGUUCUUUGGCUGAAGCGAACAACCUGAGCUUUCCCCUGGAGCCACUGAGCAGGGAUCGUGCCCACAAGCUGGAGGCCAUCUCUCGCCUCUGUGAGGACAAAUACAAAGACCUGAGAAGACCCACGAGGAAGCGGUCAGCAAGUGCUGACAACCUGACUCUGCCACGGUGGUCCCCAGCCAUCAUCUCCUAACCAGACAUCCCUGGAGGCCACGCCAUCCCCCACCCUUCAGUCUGAGAAAAGACAAACUUGGGGUGGUUUCUUUUGUGUUUUCAUUUCCUUUGUUUUUAACUCAUGGCCCCAGAAGGCUGUCUUGAACCCCACCUCCACACUGUGUCCUCAGGCAGCAGGCUUCAAGGGACAUGAGAUCAGUGUUCUAGAAACCCAGCGUCAUGCCUUCCCAGUCGUUGUGGACAGUAUUUUCUUUGCCGAGGAAACAGACUAUUCCUGCAGAAGGGAAGUUGUGCUAAGGCCGGCUGGGCGGUGGGUGUAUCUAAGCCCUCCUCUGAGCAUAGGCUCAGACUGAGCCAUGUGGAAGGUGGCAGAGUCGACUGUAUUAAAGUCGGGAGUGCCACACUUGUCCCCAGGACUUCCUGCAUUCCUCCUUGCUGCUUUCUUGGGAUUUGGGCGACUUUUUGUUUGUUUUGAUUACAGUUUGGUUUUGGUCCCACAGAGCAGAGAUAAAUAGUUUGUACCCACCAUGGCACAGACAUCCAAAUAAAUAGUUCUGAUUGUUUCCCUC